UUUUUGGUGGACAAGCUCAAUGCCUACUUGCUGCUAGGCUUGGUGAUAGGACCUGUUGUGAGUUCGCACCAGUAGGUACCACGACCCUGCCUAUUUCUGCCGUGAACCAGUAAUGCGUUUCGCUUGGAAGGGUGGGGCAGCCGUUGUAACUAUACUGAGACCUUAGAACUUAUAUCUCAAGGUGGGUGGCGAGUUUACGUUGUAGAUGUAUAUGGGCUCCAGUAACCUCGUCGUGUGAGCUCGUCCACCCAUCUAAGCAAUAAAAAAAAACCUAAUCGCGUAUUUAAUAAAUUAGCAAAAUAACAACUGAUUAGGCGCAUUGCGAGCCCAUAGAACCUUUUUGCCUAUUUCUACCGCGGAACAGUAUGACUAAUGUAGUUAGGACUCUUUUUGUCUACCUUCUGACUAUAGAAUAAUAAAGAAAUGUUUGACGCGAUCAGCUUGGCGUUCGAUUGUUAGCUAAUGUAACUCCGGCCUUAAAAUACAAACUGCCAAACUCUUUACACCCAAACUAGCACAAAAAAUAAAGGCCAACACGUUUUGUGAAUUAUGAAGGAAUCGUCAGUCGAUUAUUUUCCUGUCACAUUUUCGUAUUAAUUUUUUUUUUGUUCAGUUGAAAUGUAUUAAAAUCUUUUCAGUUUAUUUCGUAUUUUGAUAUUUUCUUAGAACUAUACUUUUUAUACGAUAAUUUUGGGAGAAACAUUUUACCGAUAAAUCAUGCCUGAGUGUCUACCAUGCCCAGCGGCGGGUAUCAAGUCGGGUCUUCGAGACGGAAAGCCCAUUGACGGCGACAUGAGACCGAACUGCCCAUGCCGAUCUUGCUGCUGUGGGAAACCGCCCAUUGUUAAGCCGUGUUACAAGCAACCAAAAAUCCCAGAGUCGUACGCGCCGAGACGAUGCUACAUAAAACCAUCAGCCCCCGUAGAGGGAUGCACGACUUACAAGCUGUCGUAUCUACCUGUCGACGGAUGCAAAAACCUACGGGGAGAAGUAAAGAAACCUUCGCCCAACAUUGUACCGAGCUGUGAACCUAUGGAAGGGUGUACCGUUCAAAAGUUGUCAUACCUACCGAACCCGGUGUGCGUGACGCAGUCGAUCCGGCCCUGCCACCACGACAUGUGGGGCCAGGGUCCCAUGCAGAACAUCACCACACAACGACACGACUACGUGCCCAAGCCGAGUAUACUACGAGAGAGCUUUAAGCCAGCACCGAAAUUUCACUGCGUCGACCAACCAUUUGAAAAUCGGACAAUAAAUAAAUUAUCUUAUUUACCGCCCGAGAAAAUUGAUAUGCCGAAAUCGUUUGCGCCCGAGCGUUGCUAUGAAAAGCCGGCUGCCAAAAUGGACGGAACCACCACCCACAAGAUGAGCUAUUUACCGAAUCCUGUAAUGAAGAAAGAAACAGUACCGUGGGCUUGUAAGGGACAAUAUGAGAAGCCUUGUCAAAAGUUGGACGGAAAUACGACAUACACAAUGAGUUACUUGGACGCGAAAAGCGACUGUCGUCGACAACCCAUCUUACCGACUGCUUGCUCCAACCCUGUCUCCGCUUCGAAGAGAUUUGAAACGCAGACUAUUUAUAAGAACAGCUAUUUACCGGCCACGGCAACCAUACCGACGCCAGUGAAGCCGUCGCCAAACAUCAUCGCUUCGACAGCUCAAAUGGAAGGGGACACGGUGCAAAAGUUGUCGUACCUACCGAACCCGGUGUGCGUGACGCAGUCGAUCCGGCCCUGCCACCACGACAUGUGGGGUCAGGGUCCCAUGCAGAACAUCACCACGCAACGACACGACUACGUGCCCAAGCCGUCUGUACUCCGGGAGUCGUUCAAACCGGCUCACAAGUACCACUGCGUCGAACAACCGUUUGAAAAUCGGACCGUGAAUCGGAUGUCGUUUUUGGACCCGGGACGAGUGCCCCUACCGGAAUCGUAUGCUCCCGUCAAGUGUUACGAAAAGCCAACAGCCAAAAUGGAGAGCGACACGAUACAUAAGAUGUCCUUCCAGCCUGUAUGUGUUCCGACGCCUCAACGACCCCCGUGGGCUUGCAAGGGACAAUACGAAAAACCGUGUCAAAAGUUGGAGGGGACUACAAUAUACCGGUCCUCGUUCUUGCCUCCCGGCGAGGAUUGCACCGAGUACAUGGAUCCCUGCGCUUAUGGCGAUUGCAAACCUUGUGACUGCACUUGCCCUUCAGGAUGUAUUAAAACGGAUCCCUGUGCCUGCGAUUACCCGAAAGCGGGUUGUUGUUCGUGAGCGUCAGCCAUUUUUUUGAACAUUGGCAACACAGUAUUCGAAUUCCGAAUUCAAAUCUGAUUAUUUUUUAAUCUGAGAUAAAUUUGUAGUCUCCUUUUUUUUAUUAGGUUUUACAAAUUGUAAGAAAAGUAAUUUUAGAUUAUGUAUCCUACCUACAUAAUUUUAAUUGUAUUUUCUAAUUAUGAUUAUUUCGAGAUUAGGUAAAUUUAAUAUAUAGUUUUUUUUACGUUUUAUACAAUACAGGUUUUUGUAAUGA